AUGGCUCCAUAUGAGGCUCUAUAUGGUUAUAAGUGUCAAACUUUUAUUGGUUGGAUUGAGUUGGUUAAUCAUACACUAUUGGGUCUGGAUUUAGUUAUUGAGGCAGAGCAGACUGUCAGGAUGAUUCGGGAUAGACUGAAGAUUGCCUUUGACAGACAUAAAUCAUACGCUGAUAUGAAACAUCGGGAUAUUAAGUAUGUAGUGGGUGAUGAGGUCUUCUUAAAAGUAUCUCCAUGGAGGACGAUACUUCGAUUUGGUCGGAAAGGCAAGUUGAGUCCUCUCUUUAUUAGGCCUUACCGAAUUAUACAUCGUGUUAGACCAGUGGCCUAUCAACUUGAGUUACCACCUGAGCUUGCUCGCAUUCAUGAUGUUUUUCAUGUUUUUGUGUUAAUACGUUAUGGACCUGACCUGUCUCAUGUGUUGGAUGUGGGUAAGGUAGAGUUACGAUCCAAUUUGCGAUUUGAAGAAGAGCUUGUUGAAAUUCUCGAGAGGGAUGAGAAAGUUCUUAGGAGGACUGUUAAGAUGUUCAAAAUCUUAUGGUGUAACCGUGGUCAUGAUGAGUCCACGGUGGAGACCGAGGAGACCAUGAAGGCUCAAUAUCCGUAUCUUUUUCCUCCAUGUAAAUUUUGA